AUGGCUGCGGCGGUCAUCGGCAGGUUGAAGAGGGAACAAUGCAAUCGAACAAAUCACGAUUCUAACUUCUCACAUUGGAAGAUUCUGAUUGGCCCUUCUGAUUGGGAAGAUUAUUCCAAAGGGAAGGAAGGAUCUGCAAGGUACAGGAUUCAAAACCUCCCAGGAAAAACAGGUCCAGGAGUGUAUGAACUUGGAAUAGCUGUGUUGAGUAAUAAUGGUUUGGGGCGUGAAAUUUACAAGCUUGCCACUGACCCUGAACGCAUAGUUGUAGUUUACCUUGGACAAGCUGACAAUGUAAGAGCAAGACUCCAACGUUAUGGAAGAACUGGUGCUCAUUUGGGGAAUAGUUGUUCAGAUGAUUCUUCUCUUCAAAAGGGGAGGCCAUUGUUUCAAGAGAUAUUUUCACAAGGCUUCCCUAUCGUUUAUAGAUGGGCUCCUAUGCAAAACAAGGGAGAUGCCCUGAGAACAGAAGCUCAGCUGCUCAGUACAUUUGAUUAUGCAUGGAACACAAGCAAUAAUGGGAACCGGAGGCCUGAUGAAAUUCUUCAAAAGCUCAACAAAAUUGCUUCGGGUACUAGAACAUUUUCAGAUGUAGCCAGAGUGCUUCUACCUUUCACUCAGAAGCAAGUGGGUAUCCGAAUUAAAUCAAGCAUGCAGCCUCUGAAAGAUGACAAAUCAGAUGAAGAAUACAAUGGCAACUAUAAUUUCCUAUCUCGAGUAUUCAAAUUUAACAGAUCACGUCCUCGGAUAGUUCAGGAUAUCCCUGUGGUCAUUCAGGAGAAUGCUAAAAUUUGUGGAGUGAUGUUGGGUGAUGGUUCUGUUUGUAGAAGGCCACCAGUUGAAAAAAGAGUAAGGUGUCCUGAACACAAAGGAAUGAGAACAAAUGUGUCCACUGCCAAAACAAUCAGGGCACCCAAGUCUGAGAGCAUUGUGGUACCAGAACACAAUGUGUAUUGUCAAACAAAGGGCAAUGGCUACAGAUACCAAAAUGUCAGCCAUGAUGCAGAAGACCCUCCUCCACAAACAGUGGUUGAGAGUGCCGUUGAUGAGAAUAACACCAACACAAAUAUAUGUGGAAUCAUCUUGAAUGAUGGCUCCACUUGUAGAAGACAACCAGUUAAAGGAAGAAAAAGGUGCCAAGAGCACAAAGGGAAGAGAAUCAGUGCAUCCAUUCAUAUAAAUCAGAAAUAACUGGCAAUUGGCAAUGCACAAUUUCUGUAUAAUGUAGUUUCAGAAUCUGAUAAAGG